AUGUCCACGUUCCAAUACCAAGACCAGUUGAAAAAAUUGCCCAUUCCAGAUUUAGAGGAAACAUGUCUGAGGUAUUUGAGAAUAAUGGAGCCAUUACAAACUAGAAAAGAGCAUGCUAGAACCCAAGCUGCUGUUGAGUUGUUUCUCAAAGGAGAUGGCAACAGUGACUCUCCAUCGAUUGGUCGCUACCUUGAUGAUUGUUUACGCAAAUACGGUGCCGACCAGCCAAGUUACAUUGAACAAUUUUGGUACGAUGCUUAUUUGAGUUAUGAUUCACCCGUGGUUUUGAAUGUUAAUCCGUUUUUCUUAUUAGAAGAUGAUCCAUUCACUCAAAAUGAAACCACUUCAGCGAAUCCUCAAAUCAAAAGAGCAGCAACUCUUACACUAUCAUCCCUCAAGUUUAUCCAGGCUUUGAAAAAUGAGACUUUGAGUGUUGACAAGUUAAAGAAUGGCAAGCCAUUGUGCAUGUACCAAUACACCAAGCUCUUUGGUGCGUCAAGAAUCCCCACCGACGAUGGAUGUACGAUGCAAACAGAUCCAAACUCAAACCAUAUUGUUGUCAUGUCGAAAUCGCAAUUCUACUGGUUUGAUGUGCUUGAUUCGCAAAACAACAUCAUCUUGAGUGAAUCUGAAUUGAAUGUCAAUUUCAGCUCCAUUAUACAUGACUCGUUGUCAACGGCCAGCACUGAUGUUGCCAAGUCUUCAUUUGGUGUCUUGACCACUGAGAAUAGACGGUUAUGGGCCAAUGUGAGAAACAAUUUAAUCGGAACCAAUAAGGUCAAUAAAGAGGUGUUAUCCAUUAUUGAUUCAGCGUUAUUCAUUGUUUGUCUUGAUGAUAUUGAAUUGGAGGAUUUGUCAGAAUUGGCUCAAAAUAUGUUGGGUGGGUUGUCAAUCUUGGACAAGGGUAUUCAAGUGGGAACAUGUACUAACAGAUGGUUCGACAAGUUGCAAAUUAUCAUCACCAAAAACGGUAAGGCUGGUAUCAACUUUGAACACACAGGAGUUGAUGGUCACACUGUUUUGCGAUAUGUGUCAGACAUUUACACCGAUUCCAUCUUGUCAUUUGCACAGACAAUCAACAAGAAUGCCCCAUCAUUGUGGAAAGAUGCAACUUACAACCAAACUCAAUCUUCUUUUGCCGAUGAGCACUUGAUUACAAUUCCAAGAAAAUUGGAAUGGGACUUGACACCAGACUUGUCACUUGCGUUGCGGUUUGGGGAAACUAGAUUGUCCGAUUUGCUUAAUCAAAACGAAAUUAAACAUUUGGAAUUCAGACUGUACGGAUCGAGCCAAAUUAAGAGCAUGAGGUUUAGUCCUGAUGCAUUUGUUCAAAUGGCGUUCCAAGCUACAUACUACGCAUUAUAUGGUAAAGUAGAAUGUACCUAUGAACCAGCUAUGACCAAGCAUUUCUUCCAUGGGAGAACCGAAGCAGUAAGAACCGUUUCUAAAGAGUCAAAUGAGUUUGUUCACACUUACUUUGACCGCAACGCCUCCACCAAAGAAAAAUUGACCAAACUUGGCGAAGCUUGUAAAGCCCACUCAGUGCAAACAAGAUUUGCUUCUAAUGGAGAAGGAGUUGAUAGACACUUGUAUGCCUUAAACUGUUUAUGGGCUAGACUAUUGAAACAGUAUCAACAAGGUGUUUUGAACGACGUGUAUGGCAGUGCUAUACCCGAGUACGUCAGCUCCCUACCACCAAUUUUUGCCGAUGCAGGUUGGGGGAAAUUAAAUGAUGCAAUUCUAUCCACAUCAAAUUGUGGUAAUCCUGCGUUGCGUCUUUUUGGAUUUGGGCCUGUGUCUGCGAAUGGGUUUGGUAUCGGAUAUAUCAUUAGAGAUGACUCCAUAUCAUUUUGUGUCGCCUCAAAACAUCGCCAAACUAAACGUUUCCUUGCAACAUUGUUCUGCUACUUGAAUGACAUUGAAGGCAUGCAUAGAAACCAAUAG